CAGAGAAGGGAGAGAAAGAAAGAAAGUCAAGGGAGUUACAGGGCUGGAACCCUGGAGCGCCUCUGAAGAAGGAAGAGCCUUCAAGUAGGUGAAUCACUGAAGGCAAAGGCCCUAAGGUCAGAGGCCAGAGGUCAGCAGCUCCCUAGAAGAUGGAUGCACGGAUGGUGCUGCUGGCCCUGCAAAUCGUGUCACUCUCACUGCUGGCCCACUGUACAGCGCCCCCUUCCACCCUGAGGUUUGUGGCUGUGGGUGACUGGGGAGGGGUCCCCAAUGCCCCAUUCCACACAGCCCGGGAAAUGGCCAAUGCGAAAGAAAUCGCCAGAACCGUGCAGAUGAUGGGCGCCGACUUCAUCAUGUCCCUGGGGGACAAUUUCUACUUCACCGGUGUACAUGAUGCCAAUGAUAAGAGGUUCCAGGAGACCUUUGAGGACGUGUUCUCUGACCGCGCCCUUCGGAACAUCCCCUGGUACGUGCUGGCUGGAAACCACGAUCACCUUGGCAAUGUCUCGGCACAGAUUGCCUACUCCAAGAUCUCCAAGCGCUGGAACUUUCCCAGCCCUUACUACCGUUUGCGCUUCAAAAUUCCGCGUACGAACGUAACUGUGGCCAUCUUCAUGCUGGACACGGUGAUGCUGUGUGGCAACUCGGAUGACUUUGCCAGUCAGCAGCCCAAAAUGCCGCGAGACCUGGGAGUGGCCCGCACUCAGCUGUCCUGGCUCAAAAAGCAGCUGGCAGCAGCCAAGGAGGACUACGUUUUGGUGGCCGGCCACUACCCCAUCUGGUCCAUCGCCGAGCACGGACCCACCCGCUGCCUCGUCAAGAACUUGCGGCCGUUGUUGGCCACGUACGGGGUCACUGCCUACCUGUGUGGACAUGACCACAACCUGCAGUAUCUUCAGGACGAGAACGGGGUCGGCUAUGUGCUGAGUGGCGCCGGCAAUUUCAUGGAUCCCUCUGUGCGACAUCAACGAAAGGUCCCCAACGGCUACCUGCGCUUUCACUACGGAUCUGAGGAUUCCCUGGGCGGCUUCACCUAUGUGGAGAUUAGCUCCAAAGACAUGAGUAUCACAUAUGUAGAGGCCUCUGGAAAAUCACUCUUUAAGACCAGCCUUCCCAGGCGACCCAGACCCUGAACACGGGUCUACAAGGGUCCGAGGGAGGAAGCCUCUGCAGGCACGGCGGUGGGUGGGCCCUGUGAGGACCUCACCCACGGGCAGCGUGUUCUCUGCCCUGGUACUCUGGCAGAGUGGGAAGGGGAACCAAGAGGCAUACUUACAGGAGAGAAGUGUGCUCACACCAACUGGCCCUCACAGCCCGCCUCACCCCUCAGGUUUUGGGGUACAGCUUUCUUGGGAGCAGGGCUUUCUUUUAAGUCAAGCGUCUUACUGUCACUGUUAUUCAAUAAAACAAUAGUUGAUGAGGCUGUA